AAUCUCUGAGACAAAUCCUCCCCCACGCAUCCAUUUCAACUGCGGCACCUAGAGGCGGAGGACACAACCCACCCACACCCUAGGUAGAGUCCUGAUACACUUUCCUCCCCUUUUCCCCCAUACGCAUUCAAGGCACCUCCACCUAGGUAAGGUAGGUACUCACGAUUUCGCCUCUCCACGAACCACAUCCUACCUAGGCGACACCCGAACAGCCUUUUCUGCCAGCAUCUCACUUGCAGGCAGACCGGCCCCAGUCACCAACCCUUGCCCGGCUUGCUGUGUCUGAGAAGAGAAAGCCCACCCCCAAUCGACACCAAUUUGUAACUGGGCCAAUUCAAGCUUGGCUUCGUUUGUUGACAAGCUUUUACCCAAUCUGGAACCCCGGAGACCACUGCUUCUUCCGACAUCGACCAUCAUGGCAGCGGCGACGGAUGAACCGGGCCUCACGGCUUUCUUCCAUGAGAUGAGCGAACUGGGUGGUAUCAUUGUCAAAGAGACUCCCAAGCUUGACCUGGAUCUGUACAUCCAGAACUACAGAGGCCGCACUCGCUUGGAUCGCCUACUGACCAUCGGUCGUUGCUGCGUACCACUCUGCGUCGAGGCCUUGAAAGCUGCCGUGGCUGAGGCUAAAUCUGGCAGGGACGUUGAGCGGUAUCGCGAGAUUUGGGAAUGCAUCAGGGUUGCUGCGCCGGCCGAACCUGAGGCUGUCUUUGACCAAGCCUGGGCCGACAAGACGACCAUGGAGAACCGCCAGCAAACUCACCAUCUCGAGACGCAACUCAAGGGAUACAAGAACAACCUCAUCAAGGAGAGCAUUCGACACAAGAUUGGUAACGAGGAGCUGGGUCGCCACUAUGAGAACAUAGGUGACCUCAACGCGGCCAGCGAUGCAUACACCCGCAUGCGUCCUGAUGUCAGCACAUCGAAGCAUAUCAUCGAUCUGGGCAAGCAUCUCGUCGACCUUGCCGUCAUGCGCCGUGACUGGUCCAUGGUUCUCGGCAACCUCACCAAGAUCACCGGCAUGCAGAGCGAAGAGGAGAAGAGUCUCCAGACAUAUGCCAAGAUUGUUCAAGGCAUUGCACUGAUGAACAUGGAAAAGUUCAGUGACGCUGCUCGUUCCUUCCUCCAAAUCGACAUUGGGAAAGAAGUCAAGGACGGCGUCGAGUCCAACAACAUUGCUAGCCCCAACGAUGUUGCUGUCUAUGGUGGUCUUCUUGCUCUUGCCACUAUGGACCGCAAGGACUUACAGAAGAAAGUUUUGGACAACCAGAACUUCAGAACGUGCCUGGAGCUCGAGCCUCACAUUCGCAAGGCAUCUCGCUCCCUCGGCAGCCUCAAUGAGGCAUUCGCAGCGCGGGGAACAGAUAUACAGGUUGAGCUGGCCACGAUGAUCAAGAGCGGUCUGCUACAGGCGCGUAUCAACACCAUCGAUCAGCUCCUUGUCGCCGUGAACCCCAACCAACGAGCGGCAAUGCAGACGCAGGCACUGGAGACGACCAAGGCCUACGAGAGCGAGGCGCUCGAACGAAUCAGGCGCAUGGGCCUCCUGAGUGCGAACCUCGAGGUCAGGAACGUCAAGAAAUUGCAAGCGACGGGCUCCCAGACGACGGCGGCGGAUGGAGUCAGUGACGUUUGGUUUGACAACAGCGGCGAGCCGAUGGCUAUCGGGGCAUUAUGA